AUGGAGCAGGGAUUGUAAGUUUAUUUCGUUAUAUACCAGUUAAGUGUUUACAUUUUUUGUGUUGAUUUUGGUCGUUAUAAACAGUUUACAUUUUGUAAACAUUUUUCUGGUUAUUUCGUGCAGUAAACGUUUUCAGGGGGGAUGGAAUGGGGCUGGGUGGUAUUUUGGGGUAGUACUAAAAUUUUGAAUAUUAAUUUUUAAGAGGGAGGCAGGGGGGGGGGAGAGGGAGUGAUAAAGGGAAAAUAAGUGGGGGGGGGGUGGAAGUAGAAAAUAAAAAAAUUUUUUUUGUUUGGUGUUUAAAAUUUUUUUUUAUUUUUUUUUAAAUUUGAGCCGGAGGGUUAACCACUAUUUUAAAAAAAAUUGUGUUGCAAUUUUUUGCCGUCUCCCCCCCCUCCCCACCCUCUAGAAGUAUCUUUAUCUCCCCCUCCCUACCCUCUAGAAGUAGCUUUAUCUUCCCCCCCCUUCUUCACCCUCUCCUCCCUACAUUAUUACGUUGAACUUUCUACCCCACCCUGACCUCUCUUGCUUACACUUUUUUAAAUUCAACCUUCUAUACAAAAACUUUCUUUCCAGCAACGUGAAAAUCGAGUUGCCCGAGCUCCAGUCGGACCUCCUCAACCCACAACACAUUCUACCCUACUCUUGUUAUGUGCCCCAUUACAGCGAGGUGUUCGAGGAGAAGGCGACCUCACCAGCCUUAUCGACCACUUCCAAGAAAGAGAAUGGCGAAAAGGAGGCCAAGAAGAGUUCGAGUGGCCAGAAGCGACGGAGUCGACGAGCUGAAAAUCGACUGGAAAAACCACCACAUUCCUAUAUUCAACUGAUUGCGGCUGCGAUUGACGUAAGUUAGAUUGACAGAAACUUUUUUUACAAUUGGUAAAAUGGCAAGAACUUUCUUUACAAUACGUAAAAUGGCAAAAACUUUCUUUACAAUACAUAAAAUGGCAAGAACUUUCUUUACAACGCAAAAAACGGCAAGAACUUUCUAUACAACGCAAAAAAUGGCAAGGACUUUCUUUACAAAACAUAAAAUGGCAAGAACUUUCUUUAAAAUACGUAAAGUGGCAAAAACUUUCUUCCCAAUACAUAAAACGGCAAGAACAUUUUAUAACAUAACUUUUUGAAAAUUUACCAACUAUUGUAUUCUUCUAUUAUAAACCUCCAGAAAGUAGCAUUUUUUUAUUUACCAAGUCAAAGCUUCUUUUAUCGACUGGUUUUUACGGAAUAAUAGGGUUUAUUAGAAGAAACGGUUGUCGACUUUAGCAGGCUGUUUCUUAUAACAGGGUUGUAGAUUACAAAAGUUGUUAGUUGUUUUUUGUAAAGCAUAACAUGGUGUAUGUUCUUUAUCAAAUUAUGUUAAAAUAUGUCGUUUUUGAAGAGAGUUACAGCUAAUCAAAAGUAACGAAACUACAAUUUCCGUAAAGGAAUAGAACCCUUUUUGUUUUUUGAUAUUUUUAAACUACUGUAACUUUGUUAAAAAUUAAGAUAUGAAUUUUCAAUUUUAACAAUAGAUACACUAUUUUAUGCUUUUUAAAACGUAUGAACUAGAAUUUUUAAGUUAGUUCAAAAAAUUUCAAAAACGGUUAAUAAAUUGAAUAUACUUUAGAACCAACCUACUCGCCGUGCCACAUUGGCCGAAAUCUACGACUACUUGAUGGCUCGUUUCGAAUUUUUUCGUGGUAAAUAUACUGGUUGGAAGAAUUCGAUUCGUCACAAUCUGUCACUAAACCAAUGUUUUACCAAAGUGCCAAAAACUGCGGGCGCAAAGUGCGGCAAGGGCCAUUACUGGACCAUUGCACCACAUGCUGACUUCUCGUAUGGUGCUCCACAGAACCUGAAUAUGACCAAGAAAGAGGGUGAAGAUGAGAAAUUGGCCGAAUUUGCUGAGAAUAUGACAUUCGGAGAGUUUGGCGGAGAGAAGGUGGACUUGAUGGAUAAUAUCGGGCCUGUUGAUGAGGGUUACGGUAGUAGUACGGUAAGUGAAAAAAUUAAAGGAAACAUUUUUUUAUUUUAUUUGGAAGACGUAUUUUAACAUGGUUAUAUGGAUAAAUAUAGAUUUGGGAUACAUAUUUGAAAUCUUAAUGCAGAAUGCCAAUUUCGUGUUGGGACCUAAAACAUUUUGAAAAAACCUUUAAAAUUAGUGUCAAGAUUGAAGCUAUUCCUUUAUAAAAUCACACAAAAGUCAAUUAUCUGCUCUAUCAACUAAUAAUUUUUUAGUUUUUAAAAUUAAAAGAGUAAUAUCUUUAAAUUUUUAAAAAUGUUGCCGCUUUUAGCUACAAAAUCUAAAAUUUGAAAUUAAAAAACAAAAUAAAUAGAUCUCAAAACCUUUGUCAAUGUCCUUUUAAUGUUGCGAUAAAUUGAAAUGUCAAUAAAUUUCAACGUUUCAGACGAAAAUUCAAUGUUUUUCUUUCCGCGACACUAAAUUUAGCGCAUUUUCGGCCAUAAAUCGCGUCAAAAGUCUAUAAAUUUGGCAACAAAGUUGGAAAGAAAAACUUUGAACUUUAUGUAUUCGAAUUGAAAUUGAUAAAAUUUAAUUGUAUUGACUAAAUAUGCUUAAAAAUACUGUAAAUUUUAGUUUUUUGGACUAUAAAAGGGCAAAUUUAAAGGUUUUAUCGUAUGAGAUGUCUUUCGAAAAAUAGGACUGAUUAUAAAAUGAUGAAACAGAAAGUCAGGUUCUCCCAAAUUUAAAUUUUGGUAUUUUUUUGUCGCCAGUAUAUUGUACUUUAUGGUAUUUCAAAGUAAAGGAGAAAAACAUGUUUCAUCGUAUAACAUGUCUUCAAAAUGUUUAUAUUAAAAACAUGUUUAAAUUAAAAAUAAGAAUUAAAAUACAUCAGUCGUAUUUUACAAUAAUUCCCUAUUUUUUUAGAUCAACACCACAGUAUUCCCACAACCAUACGAUACCACCAUACCAACCGAGCCAGUCUACAGUUACUGCCAGCCAGAAGCCGAUACCCACUGGAAUAACAACCAGUUCUGGUAUAAUCCCAACUAUGUAUCUCUUGAAUUUCCAGCCACAUCACAUAACCCAAUGCACGAUCUGAACCAAGAGUUUGAGGCUGUCAAUGCGGACCAACAGUACCAUUUACAAUCGGAGGACUUUGCCCAACAAAAUGUACAGUACCUUCCGCAUUACAAUGAAUUCAUGUUGCCUGGGUAUACGGUAGCACCGAAAAACUGUGAUCAAGUUUUUGAGCCGGUAGCCGAAUGUCAUGAUGACAUAUUUUCUGGACAAAUGCCUGAAGGCGAACUUCCGGUUUUUAAUAGUAAUGUCGAGUUUCCAUCGUAUUCUACGUAG